AACUCAGUCAGCCAUGUAUCUGUCGUAGUGUAAGCUUCGCUCUUACACCAACCAAAUUAAACAUUAACACCCGUUUCUGUAAAUCCUGGUUUGGUAACUGUGAUCUUUCCUGGCGUUGACGCCCGUCUACCAUGUACUUUAUAUUGUGGUGUGCGCUAGGAACCCUGCUGAGCAGCCCCGUGGUUGUGGAAGCCGUAGUAGGAGGUGCCCCAGCGGCGCCACCAGAGCCCGAUGCUGCGGUGGUAUUCGUGCAGAAGAAUGGACGAAGCGCGAGACUCGAAGGGAUCAAGAAUGAUAAGCUUGGAUAUUACAGUUUCAUGGGCAUCAAAUAUGCCGAGCCGCCGGUGGGUCCGCGGCGGUUCCAGCGUCCGGUGCGUCGCAUGCUGACAGGAGAUGUGAACGCCACCCGCUACUGCCCGCCUUGUAUCCAGCCCGACACUCUCAACCCUGGCCGAGUCAUCGGCCAAGAGGAUUGCUUGUGUCUCAAUGUGUUCUGCCCGAAGAUGCCAGGAGAGGAGGAAGGUAGUCCGGUUAUCUUCUACAUUCACGGAGGCAAUUACCGAACAGGGUCAACUUCUGCUUAUGGUGGCCAGCAUUUAGCUCAAAAGGACACUAUCAUCGUGUCAGCGCAGUACCGGCUGGGAUCCCUUGGAUAUCUUAGUACGGGUGAGAGAGAUGCCUCGGGCAACGCCGGGCUGUUCGACCUGCGAUCAGCUAUGGCAUGGAUCAACGACUACAUAGAAUUCUUCGGCGGCGACAAAAAGCGCGUAGUCGUAAUGGGUCAAGGCUCCGGCGGCAGCGCCGCGUCCCUCAUGGCCAUGUCCUCCGAAGGCCGAGCGGCCACCGGCGUCAUCGCCUUGUCUGGGACUCCGCUGUCCCCCGGCGCCGUGAGGAACGACCCGGCUAGCCAUGCUAAAGCUUUAGCGAAGGGGACCAACUGUCCCGAGUCUCCGCCUGAGAGACUGGUUAUAUGUUUAAGGAGUAUGCCGGCGGAGAAGAUUGUUUUGGCGGACUCUGAAAUAAGUAUGAGCAUGGUCGACACGGAAAAAUUCUUACAGGAUAUCUCUGGCCGUUCAGGAGCGGGUGCGCGCGUAGAAGGCAAGGAAGACCUAAGGGGUCUACCGCCAAUCGUCGAGGAGCAACCUGCCGAUGCACUAAAUAAGAAGACUGAUCGGGUGCCCAUGCUCACUGGCGUAGUCUCUGCUGAGACCGCACGUGCGGUUCAAGGAAAAUACGCAGGCUUCCUAACCAACAAGCUAAACGACCUCAACUUCAUAAAGAACGAGUUGAUCGGUGGUCUCCGUGGAGUCGUGUCCGAUGUGCGAGGACUGAUCCCUGAUCUGACUAGCCAGUUGCCCGCGGGACUGCCGCAGCUUGACUACUACCAUACGCUGUUCGACAGCACUUUCAACGUUGUCGAUGGGUUGAUACAGAUUGCUGAGGCUACAGGCGACGCGCUGUUCAACUUCCCCGCAUACCAGAGCGUAAAGCAAUGGAGCGAAGGCGGCGGGAAAGCCUACCUCUACAGCUUCGAGCACGUGGGCAACCUCAGCAAGGGCUCGCACUUCUUGCCCGGCGUGGCGCUCGCGGAGGAUAACCCUAACACUAGAAACAAAAGGGAGACAACAUCGAAAAUGAAGUCAGGACCUUCCCAUGGAGACGAGCUAGCUUACAUAUUCGAGCCUCUGGACGAGAACGGCAAAUCUAUCGCCGGAGAAGUGUCAGCCUCGGACGCGCGCGCUCGGGAGAACUUCGUCAACAUCAUCUCUAAGUUCGCGCACCAGCUGACCCCAGUCGAGGCCAAAAACGACUCUAGGAGACCCGGGCUGGCCGGCUUCCUGCCCUUCUCGAAGGGCAACGAGCAGUACUUGAAAAUCAACGAGGAUGUCACCGUGGAUAAGGACUUCAGAUACUGCCAAAUUGGCCUCUGGGGCAACAUGGCUGAUCGUCUCACAGGCGCGCUCUGCAAGAACCUCAUCGGCAACCUGGUUAACCUGCACUCGAUCGUGACUCCAGACAUCAAACUCCCCAUCCAGGUGCCUACCAACGUGCCUAACCCGUUGGGAGGUUUAGUCAACAAUGGGGGCAACCCGUUGGGAGGUUUGACCAACACUGGGGGCAAUGCGUUGGGAGGCCUAGGGGGGUUAGUGGGAGGGAACAAGGGACAAAGUCAGCGGCAAACGGCUCAGAAACCGAAGGCUACCACGCAGAAACCUUCCAUGAACUUCCCUAAUCUGCCUUUUAGAUUUUGAAAAUAUGUGAAUAAAAAUAAAAUAAUGAAAUAAACUUUGGUAUUAAAA